GGCGUUGACGCGGUGAAACAUCUUGCCGAAGUAUUGCUUCUUUGACGGGAGGAGACGUUACCCUCUAUGUGACCUGGACGUAAUAGCCGCGGUGCAUCGCGCGCGACUGGGACCUGCUGUCCUGAGAGUGUUGGGCUGAGCUUGUCCGGGUCCGAGUCCUCCCGCGUUAGUCGUAUUUAUGACGGAUUGUUGUUCUACUUUGAGUGCUAACGGGAACCUGAGGUCGGGGAGACAUGGUGGGCUAUGACCCCGGGGCUCAGGGUGCAGCUCUCAGCCCGGAGCAGGCAGCCCUGGCUGGGUCAUCCGCUGGGAUGGUCACUCGAGCCCUCGUCAGCCCGUUCGACGUCCUCAAAAUCAGAUUUCAGCUGCAGAUUGAGCGAGUGUCUUCACAGAAGCCGGAGGGGAAGUACUGGGGUUUAUUUCAGGCAGCGCGCUGCAUUCAUUCCGAGGAGGGGCUCUCUGCUUUCUGGAAGGGCCACAUCCCGGCACAGCUCCUGUCCAUCUGCUUCGGGGCUGUCCAGUUUGCCAGUUUUGAGUGUCUGACCGAGGCGGUCCACGUGUCGACAGCGUAUGACAGCCAGAGAGCAGGAGUUCACUUUGUAUGCGGUGGCCUGGCUGCCUGCACUGCUACAGUGGCCUGCCAGCCCCUGGACACGCUGCGGACACGCUUUGCAGCUCAGGGAGAACCCAAGGUGUACAGGAACCUGCGACAUGCCGUGUCUAGCAUGUGCCGCUCCGAGGGAGUACUGACUUUUUAUCGUGGACUGUCUCCAACACUCAUGGCGGUGUUUCCGUACGCUGGGCUGCAGUUCUUCUUCUACAAUGUCUUUAAAAAGCUGUUGGCUCCACCGCCCAAAGCUGGAAACUCGGGGGGAAACCUGAGAAGCCUGGUCUGUGGCAGUGGAGCUGGAAUGAUCAGCAAAACAAUCACAUACCCCUUUGACCUCUUCAAGAAGAGACUGCAGGUGGGGGGCUUCGAGGCAGCCAGACUUCGCUUUGGACAGGUGCGGAGUUAUAGCGGCCUGGUGGACUGCAUGGUUCAAAUAGCCAAAGAGGAGGGCGCCCGUGGCUUCUUCAAAGGCCUCUCACCCAGCCUCGUGAAGGCCGCACUGUCCACCGGCUUCACCUUUUUUUGGUAUGAAUUUUUCCUCAAUGCCAUGCGUAACCUGAAGGAGAGAGGAAGAGAAUAAAAGACCUCACCAAAGACCUAGAGGAAAGAUGAUGAAAGGAAAAAGUAAGGAUGGCAUAAAUACGCACAUCAGAAAUACACUUAUGCCUUGUUCUUUGCACUUAACAAAUCGGUCAACUGGGUUGAUGUUUGGUGGUGGUUUUAUUGUGUUUACAUAUAAGGAUGGGAAAACACAACCUCAUUUUACUUGUUUUUGUGCUGUCAUUAGACCUUGUGUUGUACUUGCAUUGCAUUUAAAAAAAAAAGUAUUUAAUAUGUUAUCCUGGGGUUUUUUUUAUGGAUGGUUGCUUGCUCUUCAAAGACACAAUAAUUGUCAUAACUUUUUUUUUUUUUUUGUUCAUACUGAAUUUUGCACAUUUUAAGCUCUGACUUACAUUAACAAGUCACAACUUUGCCGUCGUUGACUCAUUUUCAUGACGUUCAGUCAUUAAUUUGGAAAAGAGCAUUCAGCAAAAAAUGCUUUGGGGUUGUGUGGUGGUAUUGUGCAAAGAGAAAAACAUGAACACAUAAUAUAUUGACUAUAUUAUGUAUCCUGGUGGACAAAACAGUAUUCUCUUGGGUAAAGACCAAAUGCACUGCUGAUUAAGAGUUCAACUCUUAAGAGGGAUAGCAUUUGUGCCGACAUGUCUGUCCAUUACUGUAACUUG